UCUCACUUUGGUCUUCACUCCCUUCUCAACAAUGGUCUCACUCUCCCAACUCCCAUUCUUCUUCUUCUGCUUCUUCUUCUUCACAACCCUCUGCAACUCCCAACACUACCUCCAACUCCCGCUUCUCCAUACAGACCCCUUCCCCACACCCUCCCAAGCCCUCUCUCUCGACACCCACCGCCUCUCUCUCCUCCACAACCACAACCGCCGCCGCUCCGCCACCUCCCCCGUCGUCUCCGGCGCCUCCACCGGCUCCGGCCAGUACUUCGUCCACCUCCGCCUCGGCUCUCCCCCCCAGAGCCUCCUCCUCGUCGCCGACACCGGCAGCGAUCUCGUCUGGCUCCGCUGCUCCGCCUGCAAAAACUGCUCUAAUCGGAGCCCCGGCUCCGCUUUCCUCGCCCGCCACUCCACCACAUUCUCACCCUACCACUGCUACGACUCCACCUGCGACCUCGUCCCCCGACCCGACCCGAGUCCGUGUAACCAUACCCGGCUCCACAGCCCCUGUCGCUACGAGUAUUCCUACUCCGACGGAUCCAGAACCGCCGGCUUCUUCUCCAGAGAAACCACCACUCUAAACACCAGCUCCGGGACACCGGCGAAGCUCUCCGACUUGGCGUUCGGGUGCGGGUUUGAUGUUUCGGGUCCGAGCUUAACCGGGGCGAGCCUCGGCGGGGCCCACGGCGUCAUGGGCCUGGGAAGAGGCCCAAUCUCGUUUGUCUCGCAGCUGGGUCGCCGAUUCGGGAACAAAUUCUCCUACUGUCUACUGGACUACACCCGAUCGCCGCCGCCGACGAGUUACCUCAGGAUCGGAGCCUCCAAAUCCGACGUCGUUUCGAAACUGAGCUUCACACGCUUGCUGCUCAACCCUCUCUCCCCUACAUUUUACUACAUUGGUAUCAAGUCCGUCUCCGUCAACGGCGUUAAAUUACCUGUUCGCCCCUCCGUUUGGUCCCUCGACGAGCUCGGUAACGGCGGCACGGUGAUCGACUCGGGGACGACGUUAACUUUCUUGCCCGAGCCGGCUUACCGUCUAAUCCUGGCGGCGUUUAGACGGAGCUUGAAGAAGCUGGCUAGCCGAGCCGAGCCGACUCCGGGGUUCGAUCUCUGUGUCAACGUGUCGGGUUUAGCGCGGGCGAGACUACCAAAGCUGAGUUUCGGACUCGCAGGUGGCUCGGUUUUCGCGCCGCCGCCGGGGAACUAUUUCAUUGAGACAAUGGAUCGGGUCGAGUGCUUGGCGAUCCAACCCGUUGAUUCCGGGUCGGGCUUUUCGGUGAUAGGGAAUCUUAUGCAACAAGGAUUCUUGUUUGAGUUUGACAAGGACCGCUCGCGGCUCGGUUUUUCACGUCAUGGCUGCGCGCUUCAGUGACCCGGCCCAAAACUCUCUCUCUCUUUAUUUUUUAUUAUUAUUAUCAUUUUUUUUUUGGCUUUUUUGAAUUUAAUAAUUAAUUUAAUUCAUAUUUAUGAGUAUAUUAAAUGUGCACACUCUGAGUUCUCUUUUGUAUUUACACUUACUUUUUUCUUUUAGAGACUUUCUGCUUUCUUUUUUAGGAGUAAACGAUGACCUUUUUUUAAAAUUUAGUUGAAAAGCUAGUUGUAUACGUAUUACAAAGAAAUUUCCGAG